CCUCUUCGAUUGAAGGGUCCUUCGCUGGAGGUGACAUUCAUUGAAGGGCCCCCGGUUUGUGGAGAGAAGCGGCGAAAAAACCUUCACAGUCGCAGAAAUCAUGGCCCAGGCGGUGCAGAAACUCGUGGCUAAAGUGCCAACACUUGUCGGCGCCGCAGUCAGCUACUCCAAGCCCCGGCUAGCCACAUUCUGGUAUUACGCCCGUGUGGAGCUGGUGCCUCCAACCCCUGCCGAGAUUCCCAAGGCCAUCAGCGGCUUCCAGGACAUGCUCAAGGCCUUCCAGUCAGGACGGGUCGGUCAGACAACAGUCAGGGUUAGUAUGAACUGGAUACUUUGAAAUUCAGUUUUUAAU